AUGCACAGUGACACGUUUAUUCUUUCUGAAAUAUUAUCUGAGUUUCAAAAAAAUCCAUCAGAUGUACUAGAGAAUUACUGCUCGUUAAGCAUUCGUGAAAGCGAAAUUGUUUCAUUACUAAAUGAAAUAACCGAUUACCUCGCUGUUUCUGCAGAUUCUAUUACUGAGGGAAGCAUUUUUGGUGGAUCCUUAGUUCUUAUAAGAGCAUCGGAAGUUUUAACUGAAGAAGAAGAAACUGCAAAUGCUCUUCAAGCUCAGAUUCAAGAGCGCAAUGAAUUUAAUUCACUUCAUAACACCAGUGAUAUGAGUUUAUCGAUUGAAGAAGAAAACCAUUUUGAAGCAAUAGAAUUUAAUUCGGCUAGUGUAAUUGGUGAGGUCAAGCAGCGUAUCUCUCGAUACGGCUUUCUUAUUUAUUUCUUAAUAAAUCAACUUGAAGAUUCGUGCCAAAACGAAGUUAAAAAGGCUACUGCUUUAACUCAAGGUUCUCGCCGGUCAGCUCAUAAAAAACCAGAAGCAUUAGCUUUUAUUUUGAAAUUGUUAGGAAUUUCGCUUGUUUCUAUUUACCAGGGACUAAUAUCUUUUUCGCAUCUACUACCACCUCAAAAAUCAAAACUUAUUAAUCGGAUUUUUUCUACUCGUGUAGAAUGCAGUACAUUUAUAGGGAUGCUUCUUAAACCAGUUUAUCGUUUAAUGGAAAGUGAAGUUAUACUAAAAGAUUCUCAUGAUAAAUUGUUUGACAUUUUGUGUCUUGCAGUUGUGGAAUUUGAUGAAAUCCAAAAUGUGCAGUCAUGUUUAGGCCAACUUUUAUUUUACUUUGAACAUAUUGCAGAACCGCUUGGUGAUCUAUUAUUUAUUCUUUAUUAUAAAUAUAAAAACAUGGGGCUUUAUGAGGAAAUGAUACGGUAUAUUAUUUCGCGCGAGUUCAAUCCCAACGAUAAUAAAGGUCCUAAGGCAGUUGCUUUGUUGAUAGGCAAAUUGGUACAUUUAUCACCGGAGUUAGUAUUGAAACAAUUUAGAGAAAUAUGCCGUUUACUUGACAGUAAACAUUAUACACUUCGAAGUGCAAUUGUCGAAGCUGCCGGAAUCGUUCUUUACGAUUUAUGCAAAAAUGCGGUUACAUUAAAAACAAAUUCAUCCACCCCUGAAGAAGAAAGAGAACAAGGAUUAUAUUCUUCUAAUUCUGAUUCAGAUAAAAAUCUUUUAGAUAUAAAAUCGCUAUUUGAUCUUUUAGAAGAGCGUGUUUUAGACAUAAAUCCAUAUACUCGAAUUCGUGCCAUUCAAGCACUAACUAAUCUUACUGAGCUAAAUACAAAGUUUAAUAAGCGUCGACCUCGAAUGACAGAAUUAGCUGUUCAAGCUUUACAAGACAAAUCUAGCUUAGUUCGAAGAAACGCUCUUCGCUUGCUAUCUCGCUUGAUUUCGACACAUCCAUUCAAUUAUCUUAAUGAAGAUGGUCGGUUAAAUCUUUCUCACUGGGAGGAAAAACUCCAAGCAGUUAAAUUAGAACUUGAAAAAUUGGAUAGUAAUUCGAGCAUAAUUACUUCAAAUGAAGCAGCAGAAAAUUCUGAAUUUUUGAACCAGUCUAAAGAUGAAAAUACGGCAGAGAAAACUUCAUUGGAGAGCUCCAGAAUUUCCGGAUCUUGUUCACUUGAAAAUCCAAUAAAUGAGAUAUCUGCUUCUCCAAAGCUUCAGUUAGCUUUAACUUAUCACACCGAAGCAGUCCAGUUCAUUAAGAAAGUUCAUGAAGGUCUUGCUGUUGCUGUCAAACUUUUAAAUUCAAAAAAUAAAACAGAAACAAUUGAAUCUAUGGAUCUUUUUGUUCUAGCGGAUGCUUAUGGUGUUGAGACAGCACGUUUUGGAGUUCGUCUCAUGAUCCAUUUAGUGUGGGCAAAAGGUGGUGGUAAUAAUGAUGAAGCGCUUGCUAUUCAAAAGCAUUUACUUUCAUGUUAUAAAUCUCUUUUUUUUGAUCCACCAGCAGACGUUUCCCCUGCAGAAGCAAAUAAUAUUGUGGCACGUUCCUUGAUUUCCCUUACUUAUGGUGCUACUAUAUCUGAAGCUGCUUCUCUUGAAAGAUUAUUAUCAUUUGCGAUGGAGCCAUCUUCACUUGUUGCCUCUACUCAAAAAGCAUCAAUAACUCAAGUAAAGCAAGAUACUAUUGAAACUGACCUCUCAAUCGCUGAAUUGGCAAAUCAAGCAAUACCUACAACUUGUAUGAUUUCUGAUGAUGUGGUUAAGGUUCUUUGGAAAAUAUAUGGAUACAAUCAGUCAAUGGCAAAAAGCCAACGUCGAGGUGCCAUAAUAAUUUUAGGAAUGUUAGCUAAAGAGAAGUCAUCUGUAAUAAAUUCGGUCGGGUUAGAGUUAUUGCUUCGAAUUGGUCUUGGUGAUUUGGGGCGUAUAGACUUUAAACUGGCAAGGUAUUCGUGUAUUGCCCUGCAACGAAUGGUCAACAAUUCUAAUAAUUUUCGAUUGAAAAGUUCUAAAAAAGUUCCUGAUCCUUUAAAUUCUGAGAAAAAAUUUUGCGCCAAUCACGAUGUUAUUCGACGCUUAGCAAGUUUCAUUAUUCUUCCAUCAGUGUCUAUGGAAUGGUUUUCUCUUUGUGAAGAGGCGAUUAAUGCCAUUUAUGCUAUUUGUGAUGCACCAGAUAUCGUACUUUCGCAUCUCAUACGUUUAAAGACUAAGCAAGUAUUCUCCCCAAAGCAUCCAAGUUUAGAAAUUGAACAUACCGAACUUGGAUUAAAUUACCAAAAUAUUAUUGAGAAUUCAGAUGGAAACAGUUUACUUGCCCAACUUUUGUUUAUUGUUGGCCAUACUUCCCUUAAAACACUGGUAUACUUGGAAAGUCUUGAAGGGCAAUUUAAAAGAAGAAAGAUAGAAUCAGAACGAGAACGUGUUGAAGCAAUGGAGUCUAAAAGUUCUAUAUCUUCCACAGGUUCUAAAACGUCUAGAAAAGGCAUGCACCAAGAAGAAAUGACUCAAGAGCAAGAAUUUAACUUAAUCGGAGGAGGAACAACAGAGGAUGACUUUUCUGAAAAUUUAGUUUAUAUUCGAGAAACUGAGUUGAUAUUUGGACAACAGUCUCUUUUAUCGAGAUUUGGUCCUUUGAUAUCUACACUUUGUCUUGAGAUUAUUCGUGAUAUUCAAAACCAAGAGUAUAGUGAAGCUAAUGCACAUUGGAAAAGAACUGCACAGGUAAAACUUGGUGUAGAUUCACAAUUUACACAAUACAGUUCUCUCAAAAGGCGCCAUUCUAAAAUGCUUGUUGUAUCGGCUACUUUAUCAUUGAUAAAAAUGAUGUGCGUUUCAUCAGAAUUUUGUUCAAACAACCUUUCUAUAUUAGUGACUAUUUUAGAACACACUAGCAAGUUGAUAAAACCAGUGAUUCAAUCUAAAUGUGAAAUUGAAAACGAUGAAUGUAAUAUCUCACUUGACAGCAUUUCCAAAAAUAAUAACGGUGAAGAUUGUUCCAAUAAUGAGACCAUUGAUUUUGAAGAAAUUGACGAUUAUAAUACAGCAGCAAUCGUUAGAUCUAACAUAGUUUUAGGCAUGGGUGAUUUAGCUGUACAGUUUAACCAUGAGUUAGAAGAUAAUAUGCAGUUUGUUUAUAAACGUCUACGUGAUCACACUAAAAUGGUUCAACGAACAACUCUUUUGACCCUUACUUUUUUGAUUUUAGCAGGACAGGUUAAAGCAAAAGAUCAACAAUUACUAGGUCAGAUGGCUCGAUGCUUAGAAGAUAAUGAUGAAACAAUUGCAAACUUAGCACAUAUUUUUUUCUUGGAAUUAGCGGCAAAAGACAAUGCCAUUUACAAUAAUUUUAUUGACAUGUUCAACUCUCUUGUCAGUUAUACUAAAAAGUCUGAAGAAAUUGCUAAAAGAGAAGGUGAUGAUCCAGAUGAUGUUGAAUACAGUGUAAGUCAUACUUCAAUUAGAGUAGACAACAAUACUUUGCGACGAAGUAGUCGCCGUUCUGAUAUUAAUCAUAGUAUCGCAUAUCAAUCUUAUGGAAAAUAUAUGGAAGAUAGUAUGAUUGAUAUUGAUGCAGAUGAACAAAUUCAUAAUUGUAAUGACGCUGAAGACUAUGAAUCUUUUGAACCUUUGACCAAAGAGGCUCUCCACAGGAUUCUUAAAUUCUUGGUUUCGUUGGUCGAUAAAGAAAAAUAUAUCAAGCAACUUUCUGAAAAAUUAGCAAAACGGCUUGAAAAAUGUGAAACUCCUCUAAUGUGGGAUCAUUUAUCAUAUGUUCUCACAUUACUCCCUCACAAAAAUGAAGAAAUCUCUGAAAUGAUUUCUGCUGGGUUUAAAAAAAAUGCUUCAUUGGUGACUGAAGCACUUCUGAGAGAUAAUCUAGAUUUCGAAGAUGUUUAUCAACAACAAACUGAUUUUCAGGUUGAUAACAUGAUAGAUGACGAAACCCAGUAG